AUGGAUAAACGAUUAGUUCUAGAGGGAGAAGCCAUUGAAAUACAUCGUUGCGUCAUUCGUUGCAAUUCUGUUUAUAUGGUAUAUCAAACAACAUACGCUUCGUACGCCUUAUUGACCUAUCUUAGCUCUGUUUUGACUGGAUCAACACCUUGGGGAAUUUACAUUCCCUUUGUGGACUACCGCUCAAGUACACACAGCUUGUGGUUGGCUGCUACCUUUGAACUUAUUGUCGGAUCCGGGGCAAUCCUAUUAGACCUAUUGGUAGACAUAUAUCCGGUGAUUUUUGGCAUACUCCUGAGAACCCAUAUUCAACUUUUAAUGCAGCGUGUAGCAAGAUUGCGUGAAUUUACUAGUAAAACCGAGGCUGAGACCUAUGAGGAGCUGGUUAACUGUGUCAAAGUACACAAAAAUAUUCUGCAGUAUUCUGACAUUCUGCGACCAGUCAUAUCAGGCACCAUAUUUGCCCAAUUUCUGGCCAUUGGCCUGUGUCUGGGCCUAUCAAUGGCUAACUUAUUGUUCUUUUCGAACAUCUGGACCGGGUUGGCUACAUUUGUAUUUAUUUUCGUGCUGAUUAUCCAAACUUUUCCCUUUUGUUUCAUCUGCGAGCUAGUUGAGGACGAUUGCAUUGGCUUGACCAAUGCAAUAUUUCAUUCCAAUUGGAUAGGUGCAAGUAAACGGUAUAAGACAACUCUGAUCUACUUUCUACAGCAAACUCAGCGGACGAUUACCUUUAUUGCUGGAGGUAUCUUUCCGAUCUGCAUGAAAACUAACAUUGAGAUGGCCAAGUUGGCAUUUACUGUGGUAACUGUCGUUAAGCAAAUGAAUUUUAUUGAAAAACUUAAGUAAAGUUAAUUUAUUUC